AUGAACGUGAAUUUUCUGGAACCCAUUGAGAUUGUGCUCUCCAAUUUUCAGUUGGCCAAGGUUCUUCGGGAUUACAUUCCACUAGCGGUUAGUUAACCAAUUGGGAAGACGUUUUUGAAAUGUUUAUUUUGAAAUAAAACAUUGAAUUCUUUGAGUUCAUUUCAUUAAUAUGUAUACGUAGAAAAUUCUUUAAUGCUAACGUAAUUUGUUGCGAGAUCUUCAGAAAACUUGUUUAUAUUUCCGAAGAUUCUUCGAAAACUUCUCCGCCCAUAAACGCAUAAAAUUGUUUUGUUUUGCAGUUGCACCAGUACAUUGCCGACGGUCGUUCGUUCGAUGCAAAUAACCCGGAGGCUUUCAUUCAAAAAGUGCUGGAUAACUCAAAGCUUCAAUUGAGUUAGUUAAAAUCGAUAAACUGAAAACUGAGGAUGAACUGUUCAGGAAUGUACGGAAGUGCGGAAGAGUUGGCCGCCGAUCUGACGACCUAUUCAGAAUUCGUUGGGCGCCUGGAGCACUUCGGUUUCGAUGUUUGUCUUCCGGCCGCUGUAAGUUUCGAAAAAAACCGCGAUUUACAUCAAUGUAUAAUUUUUAAGUCAUUAUUGCAACCAUUUCGAAGUCACUCGCUUGACGAAUACUUCAACAGGGCAGGCUUGUCUGAAAUUCUGCAAACCGUGACGCGUCAGCAUUACGAAAAAGAGAUGGUGAUUGAGGAAUGUGUUGAAACUUAUUUAGUUAUUUUUUUUUCAGAGUGUUGAGUUCAUGUCCAUGAUUUUAAGAGCAUAUUGCAAACUCUGGGAGAGACAAUUAAAUUGCGCUCGAGAGUUUCUGCCACUUAACUUCCGUCUUUUGAAAACAAUUAAGAGAAGCUUUCUCGCGAUGAUGCCGAUGAUGAUUGAGGUAAAAUACGGAUGUUAGGAUGUUUUGACAGUGCUCGUUUUCAGAAAGUGAAGGAAAAAACUUCAAAUGUCUGUUUCGAUUGCACUCCCACGCAGAUGUUCCAUAAUUUCAUGAGAAGCAGUUCUAUCUCGUUUUAUGUUCUCGUAGAUUUGGAGACAGCGUACUUAUCGUUUGUGGCACACUUCGCAGCGAAUACGUCGAGCAACAAAGGCGAAGAAUACAGGAAAUUGUUCAAUUUUCUUGAGGCUGUAGUUACCAGCAUUUCUAUCAUUCACCACCCUAACAACCUUCGCAAACAAUUCGACUCUGUGAGAUUUUCACUUUUCCCCACACGAAAAACUCGAAAUGCGUAAUUUUUAGAUAAGAAUGAAGCAGAAAGUGACACUGCGAGUAUUCGAAGACGAAUUCCGAACGUUGGUUAUGUGCGACGAGGUCGAAGACGCUUUGAACGAACUCAACGGAGUUGUGGGCCAGACAAAAAGUUUAGAGGAGAAAAUUCUGAAGGCGAUAGACUUUAACGAUCUGCUCAAAAAAUACGAAGGAGCUCGCAGUAUUGAGGUAAAACGGACCGUCGGCAGUGAACAUCUCCGCUUAUUUCCAGUGCAUCCGAGUUCCGAUGAAGCGCACGAGACAAGCAGUCGCCCCGAUCAAGUCCGUUUACGGAUACUUUUGCAAGCCAUCCGCCGACUUGUUUUUCGAGCUGUUCCGGGACACGUUUUUCGGGUUCAGGCUCUUCCAGAAAGUCGAAAAAACAGACUGGCAUGAAAUUCAAACGUGCUUUGAUGAGCUUGUCAAGAAGUAUUUUAUGCCGAACGAGGUGAGAUUGCCGGUGACUUUUGAGAAGUGUCCUUUCUGGUUUCAGCCGGAAAUCUACUUCUUGCCAACUGAAACGCUGAAGUCUAUCGAAAUCAAUUUAUUUGCUCCAUUAAAAUCAAAGUAUGAGCACAAGCAGGCAAAGUACGUGCGCAAUGCGAAAUUGGAUGGAUUCACUGUCGAGUUUCUGAAAGAAGAGCUCGAACUGCUGAAAUUAACGGAACAUUUCCCGCGAAUUGCCGAUUAUGCGGAUAUGGCGCACGCGGAAGUAAGCAGGGUGAAGAAGAGCACCGUUCUCAGAACUUGCGAUCUGUACGACGCCAUAGAGCACUGCCUGCUUCCUUCUUUUCUCGAAAGAUUCCCAGAGGUACGUAUCCGACCAAUGACAAGUUUGUACUCAACUAUUAUUUCAGCUCGCAAAGUUCCUGCACAUCCAGUUUGCGUGCGAUCGAGUGCUCGGUCUUCGAUGCAUCCAUUGCCUUGCAAUAUCGUCCGAUAGCCAUAAGAACUCAAAAUGGAUUCAUUUUCAGUCGGCGAAGAUGGAAAAAGAUGAGGAGUGCUUGGUAUGUAUCGAGAUGAUCAGCUGUGAAAUGAAGCAAGGCGUAUUGUAGGACGCCGAAUGUCUCAGACUUUCGAACUGCACGAGAAUUUACAAGAACACUUCGGUGCACAAACUGGCGCUGGCAAUGUACUGCAUGGAUGAUCCGAACGACGAAGGACUUUUUACGAAGGGAAGCGAAAGGAAAGUGACGAGAGUGUCAUUCGAUGGUACUUUUCUUCUCAACGAAACGGAAAAACAUUUGGUUGUGCAUUACGUGGAGCAAUGGAUGAUUGACGUGGAUUACUCUGGCAGGUGCAUGAGCGAACCGUUGGACCUCACCUUUCUUGAAAAUCUCACAAACUUUUCGGUAAUUGAUUAAAUGAUUAAGCAACUGACUAACUGAACAACCAAAUUCAGAAUUGGCUCUAUAAAUCACAGUUGUAUCUUCGAACCGUUUUCUUCGAAUCGGAGCCUGAAUGUCUGCGUGUUUUUGCUGAAGAAGCUCUUGAAAUGCUUCCGAUUCUGCUCAAAAGACAACAGAAGUACAUCCGCCGACCUUUGAGUCAGUUCCCUUACAAAUCGAUUAAUCUCACCAAAGUUUAUUGUAGAAAAGAUUGAAGAAUACCGCAGGAAAUGGGCAGCUGAAGCCGGGUACUAUACGAUCAGUUUGGACGAAUUGGAGGAAUGCCUUGAGGCGUUGGACAUUAAUAAAAGAGAAUUGACUGUGAGUUUCGGUCUUUGAAGUGCUCUCAUAACCAGACUCGUUUCAGCUUGUUCCGGAUAUCAAUUGGAUUGCCGUUCAUACUAUCAAAAACAACAAAAUGCCAUUCGUUGUGAGUCCGAAAAUGACAAAAUCGUUGGCAGUGAAUCACUUCAUGUCCGUCUAUUUCAAAUCAUUAAUUCAUUCUGACAACGUCGUGAAACUUUCGGACGACAGCUCAUUCACGAUUCACAAUACGGACGCCGCUUUUACAAUAUUCCAAGCGCUUCGAAAAGUAAGGAGGAAACUUGAGUACGUGAAGAAAGCAAAAAAUUCAGAAUUCGUUCGUGGACAUCGAACAGAUCCGUCUACCAGCCACUACCGAAAUUCCGAUGACAAUGAUCGGAUUACUACACCUGCCGAACAAGAGCUGGAAAAUGGCCGACUUCAUCGAAGAGUUCAGUUGUCUCAAAAUGAUUCGCCUCCGUUUUGCACUCAAUUUGGAAGCCACGGGAUUCCAGAAUGGAACGUAUCCGAACGAAGUGCUCAGAAUCGUUAGUGUGGCGUACUUCCUACUGACUUUCGUCAAAGUUCCGGAGGGAGAAAAGAACUUUGUGCUCGAAGAAUUCUGUCGCGCGAUUCCGGCUGUGAAGCACAAUGGAACCAAAAUAAUUGUGAGUGAUCAGCUCUGAAAAUAGAACGGCUUCAGAGUGCCAAUUCAGGUUUUUUCCAUGAAAUUCACGGCCACUUCAAAAACAACUGGAGUUUACAGCUUGAAAGGCAACAUUCAUUUGGGUAAAAAUCCAAUUGUAAAAGCAUUUGUAUGCACGUAAAUGUUCAGAAAACGAAAACUGUGCCGACUGGCGGGCUGUGAACGAAACGGACAAACAAAGGAUGGUCGGGAUGAUGGACGUGGAUCCGAGUCCGUUUCUGAUGAUGGCUGUCGAUGAUAACGUUCAGAAGAGCACGAUCAAGAUCAUCAUACCAGUUGCGGAAGUGAUGCAGAAUCUUUACGACGAAGUGACGGCUUCGAGAGCAGAGAAUCAGCCGAAGAAGGGGAAAACGUCGGAGAAAGGCCGACGACGGAAGGAGAUGGGCGAUCUUUCGGACGAAGAAGUGCAAGAAAUAGUGGAACGAUGGAAUCAAACGAGUUUGGAGUUUCAUAGAAAAGUUACGGCGGAAAUUACGAGGCAGGAGUGCACCGAGAGGCGGGCUGUCUUCGCGCCGAGCUACGACGACGUCCGCAAGUGUCUCGCCAAGAUUUCCGAGCCCGAGCGAGAGUAUUUGAAGAGCAAGAAUGUGUCCGAUGAGGCGAUCGAUACGUUGGCGAAGGGAAUCUGGAACGGCAUGAACUGUGCACAGCAGGAAUACAUGGUUGUCAAUAUGAAAGAGGAGGAAAACGAGCGGUUGAUUGGAAAAAAAAUCAAAGAGGCGAAGAGCAAAAUUAGCAAAUUGCUCAAUUGCUCAACUCCGGUGAAGGAGGAGUCGAAAGAAGAGCAUGACAAUCAAGUUUCGAGUUCCACGAAUGGUUCUACUAGUUCUUCUCAACUCCAGAGCUCAGAAGGAGAACAGGAUGGAAUAAGAAGCAAUCCGAAUACGCUCAAUAAGAGCAAACAGCAAGCCAAGAAGCCGUCAGUUAGCCAGUCAACGGCGCCACAGCAACCCGAAUCGAAAGUUUGCGAGAAAUGCGUUCGAACCAGCGAUAUAUGCAUGCAAGUGAAACAGAAAUUGAAAAAGUCGACGAAAGAAGUGAAGGAUCUGGAGAAGGAGUUAAAUAACACUCGGAAACAAUUGGAAAAUGCGCAUAAGACACAGAAGGAGCUGGAAAUGAAGGAUAAACGGAUAAGAGAGCUCGAAGAGUGAGCUUCAGGUUAAAGUGCGUUAAUAGAGUGGAAUUUUCAGAAUGCUCGAACAACAGUCUAGAAAAAUGAACGAGAUGAAAAUCAAAAAGAGAAAAGUUGAGACGUGCGUAUAAUAUAAUUGAAAAGUUUCGAACCAACAUGCGUUCUUUCAGGCUCGAGGAGGAAGUCGUGCAAUUCUCGAUAAAAUGUGCGAAAAUGGAGGACACUAUCAGAUCGCUGACAGCCAAUCAACCUUCUUCUGCUCCUUCGACUUCUGCACGUUCGGAACAUUCUUCAGAAAUGAAGAACGUGCUCGCUGGCAUCAAGGAUAACUUGCAUUUUGAGUUGGAGGCGAAUCCCGUCGCAGAAGCCAUAAAAAAAGUGGAAAAGUAAGUAAUUGAAAUAAUGCUUGCAUAACUCCCAGCCCUCUGUUCAGUUUGCGAUCGCUGACAGAAGACGAGACGUCGAGGCGAUUCGCCGGCAACGAAUUGGCCGAGUUUCAGCAAAGUCAUCAGAACUACAUGAAAGUAUUGAUGGAAAAUAUAAAAAAGAUUGAGGUUGGCGACAAACGCAACCAAUAAAAAGCGUGUACACUUUUUUGAAGAGCUCUGUUGAAAUCGCCGAAACGGAUCUGCUCGACCUGCCCGAGUUCCCCACUUUCUCCUCGAGUUUCACAGCUCUCUACGAGAGAGCUUUGCGAGUUGCCAGUUUGGAGGAGUGCCCGAUUUGCUUGUCGAAAAUGGACCCGACGACCACGCAGUUGGUCAAGUGCGGCAACUGCCGUAAUGGAUUCUGCGAAAAAGUGAGAGGAAAGACGUAGAGUUUCAAGCAAUGAAGAGCCUUUUCAGUGCGCGGAAAAUUGGUCUCAGAAUAGUAACAACUGUCCGACCUGUCGUGGACCCAUCACGGAUUUCGUUCUGCAAUAA